AUGACCGCACACUGGAAACACUGUCGCGCCAUGUCAAGUGCCACAAGGUUGGACAACACGGAUCAUCGAUCCAUGAUGAAAGCUGUGCUGUCCUCACUGGACCUCACAUACGGCUGGCACGGAUAUCGGGCCGUGUGGAACGAACUUCAAACCUAA